UUCUCACAAUUCUCUCAGAAACCUCAAUUUAUCAAAUCUCUGCAACUUUCAUCUGAAGAAAAUGGCUCGUACUAAGCAAACCGCUCGGAAAUCCACCGGAGGAAAGGCCCCAAGGAAGCAAUUAGCAACAAAAGCAGCUCGUAAAUCAGCACCAGCGACCGGAGGAGUGAAGAAACCACACAGAUUCAGGCCGGGAACUGUUGCUCUUCGUGAAAUCAGGAAAUACCAGAAGAGUACUGAACUGUUGAUCCGUAAACUACCCUUUCAGCGAUUAGUUCGUGAAAUCGCUCAAGAUUUCAAGACUGAUUUAAGGUUUCAGAGUUCAGCAGUUGCAGCAUUGCAAGAAGCAGCUGAAGCUUAUCUUGUUGGUUUGUUUGAAGAUACUAAUUUAUGUGCAAUUCAUGCUAAGAGGGUUACUAUUAUGCCUAAAGAUAUUCAACUUGCCAGGAGAAUCAGAGGCGAACGUGCUUGAUUUUGAGUGAGGGUCUGUGUAAAUGUGUUGUUGGGGUUUAGAAUUUCUGAUGGAUUUAGGAUCUGUGUGUUUUUAUUUUGGGAUGUCUGAAUGUGUGUUCUGAUUUGAUUUAUCUAAUGGAAAACAUUCACAGUAUUAUGUCUA